ACUGGGUGAGGCGUCUGUUUUCAUAAGUCUUCCUUGUCUGGUGGAGUGCUUGUCAGGAGGUGGGGGUUUUGACAGAACUCAGGUUCUAUAGAGAAAGAUCAUCAUGACGGGCUUGCCUUGCAGACCUCCGUCAGUAGACAUCCCACUGCCGCAGAAUCUCUCGUAUGAGAAAGUUGAGUUUGAUCAAAUUUACGUCCCUGCCAACGCCCUGAUAAUAGCUGAAAACGAGCAGAUAUUUCUGGCGAUGGCAAACGUCUUGAAAGAGCUGAAAGCUGUUCUGAUUGGAGACGCUGGCUACGUUUACACAGGGAAAAUUGGCUCUCGGCAGGUCUUCUUGCUCAAAUGUCGGGGCCCUGGAGCAGUUGUUCAGACCAUCAAGAAGCUCAAACCAAGGGCUGGUAUCUUUUUGGGGUUUGCCAAAUCUCUUGUGAACAGACCUCAUGAAAUCGGUGACAUAAUAGUCGCAGAAGCAGUUUUACGAAGGGACACAAAACAAGAAAAACUUGAAAGUUAUGGCUGCAGUGAGUGUUUAAUCAGUGUGUUUGAAAACGGUAAGUAUGGCUGGACUCCUCCAAAAUAUCGUAAACAAGCUGUCCAUGUUGGAAAAAUUCUGCAGAUGGGAGAUUUUGCCAAAAACGAGAAAGCCAGUGCAGUAGCUGUCAAGACUUCAAGUUUGGAUGUUUCAGAAUGCAUCAAGGGUCUACGAAAAGAAUGGAUUUCAAUUGUCAGUGUCACGGGAACCCCGCGUUGUCAUGGCGACCGGUCCUGGGAGCCUUACGUAGCUGCAGUUAUAAGCUCGUUCGUCAAUAGAGUGUUAGAAGACGACCAAGUGUUUGCUGUCUUGGGAGGGGAGUGUAGGGGUCCCCGACGACACAGUCCUCUUUUGAGUGACCCUUGGCAGGAGACAAUAGAUACCUCGAGGAAGAUCAAUUUUUAUGAUGACCGUGACUUAAGCCAGGAAGAAAUUAAGAGAACGGCGGAGAUGAACUGGGAACGAUUACAAUAUGCAAUCCAAAAUGGAGUAUUUCAUCCACCGCUUCGGCCCGACUCACAGUCAAUCAUUCAUCCCAGUCCGGAUCGUUUCAGAAUAUUACCUUCCUGGAAGUAUCCUGUGGAAAAUGGCGACAGAAGAGAGGUUACUCCGCCUGCCUCAAAGCACUUACCAAUAUCGGCAGAAAAUCUUGGCACACACCUGAGCUUAAAGUCCUCGCAUAGCCUGUCUUUGCCACUCCUCCCCUCAGGCAAAUACGAAAGGGCCGGAAAACCAAACAGAAAAAUAUCUUCACCAUCCGUCAAAAGCAAAAUAUUACAAAGCAGCAGCCAGUCACUUUGUCCAACUUUGAGCUCCACUAUGGCUCUCACCACAGGGGCGGCCCUAUUGCCAUUGGGAGCCACCCUUCAAAGUCAAGGAAGCCGUCACGAGAUUAUUUGGAUCAGAGCCGAGGAGAGAGCAGCAGUUAGCAGUCAUUUGCAUAGGGGUGUCCUUCCUCCAAUACCACAAGUCAAGAAUUAGUAAACUGACUUGUUACGCGAUGUUUUGUUGCGUUUGUAGCACUAACUCACUAAUUUAGGGCACGUAAAAAUAGCAGUAAAUAGCGUGCUUAAUAGUUUUCUACAUAUAUUUGUGUGAUGUUUCACUUUUGGGGGCAGUUCAGAAUACUUAUCUCGCUGUGUGUUCAGUGAAGGCGGUAGAACACAAAGUCAAAGCUUAUGACUGAGAGGCAUUUAGAUAGCCUUAAAAAUGUAUUACCAAACACGAUCGAAGCAAAAUAAGUAUAUUUAAAGUCAUCCGAACUGAUAUCAGUCCAACGACACUCAUGAACAAAAUCAUCCCGUGAUCAUAGCCUACAUCCUUUUGUAUAAAUGCAAUUAACUGCGGGAAAUUUCAACACCGUGUAAUGAACGAGUUAUUGUUUUGUCGGGUUAAAUUAACUUGCACACAGCACGCUGCGGGAAUAUUUUGGCAUUAAGUUUUUUUCUUAGUGAGGACCUCAUACAGGCAGCAUAUAACUAGCGAAUCAUUUGCUUCUCUCACAUGGGGCAGUUAAGUUCUAUAUUAGGUAUGGGGUUUCACCGUGAAUUUUCACCCCUGUCCAAUUUAUCGACUCGUCUAUUUGUAAUCACCCCCCUUUUAAAAGGUUUAGCUUAAGAUAAAGGUAUUUCCCUAGGCCCUCUCUCACUUGUUUCCUCAAUAACAUCACGUUCAAUCCAUGGUCAUAGAAAUUAUUGUCAUUAAACACCUGCAAUUAACAUCAA